AUGGACAGCGGCGAAGACAUCAUGAUCUCCUACGCACAGAGCUUGGCGACACCUGCGGCAGCACAUGGUGGCUCCACCCUGCGAGCCCGCUCACAAUCGAGGGGGCGCUCUCGCUCCAGGAGGCGAACCGGCUCAGGGAAAGGCGGGAAUUCCAGCGCAUCCAGAUCGAGAUCCCGGUCCCGGUCUCGCUCCCAGCCCGCCAAGCGGGCCAAAGGAGCAAGUGGUGAGGCACAGUCAGAGCAAGUGAAUGAUCCCCGAAUCCAAUCACUUGAGGUGGAAAAUCAACUGCUGAGGCGCGAACUUGCAGAACUUAAGGAGGCCUUAAAUAGCAUUAGAGGGCAAAUCUCGAACCGCGACGAGGAUAAAAUUAAAGCUCUCGGCCCGCUUGCUGGCAAAUCCAAGCGUAAAGUUCCCAACCCACAACCGGUGAGCGAGACAGAAGAGGAGGAUGAGAUGGCCGAGCCGAGCGAAGCCACAGCUACCGCCGCCGAUCCUCCGGCCAAAAUAAACAACAGAGGCAAGCUAGCUGCCAUAGAAAAGACCCUAGGACGCAUGAUGGAAACGCUCUCCGGGAUGGAGACGAGAUUAACUCAACUAGAGAGGCCCAAGGUCCAAGCCAAAGGCAGGCUUACGGUGUCGACAGUGCAGAAUCAGGCGAACCCGAACCCCGAAAGUAGGGCUAAAGAGCUAAUUUAUCAUUCUCAGUAG